AUGCCUGUUGCGACUCAGGCGUCGCUCAAGGGCCUCACCCCGGAACAAUUGGAGGAUACCAGCUGCCGUCUAUGCCUGAACAACACCUACCACCUCGGCCUGAAGCCUGGCCAGCAGGUUCUUGAUGCUGUUGGCGGCGCUCACAAGCUGCAAGGAUGGCCACACAACAUCCUGACUGAUAGCGGAGGAUUCCAGAUGGUCUCCUUGCUCAAGCUCGCCAAUAUCACCGAAGAAGGCGUGCGCUUCCUCUCUCCCCACGACGGGACCCCCAUGCUGCUGACCCCUGAGCACUCCAUGGCGCUGCAGAACAGCAUUGGGUCCGACAUCAUGAUGCAACUAGACGACGUGCUAGUGACGACGUCGCCGGACAAGGUGCGCAUGCGCCAGGCCAUGGAGCGCAGCGUGCGCUGGCUCGACCGCUGCAUCGCUGCCCACAAGAACCCGACGACCCAAAACCUGUUCUGCAUCAUCCAGGGCGGUCUGGACCUCGACAUGCGCCGCGAGUGCUGUGCUGCCAUGCUCGAGCGCGACACCCCCGGUAUUGCCAUCGGCGGCCUGAGCGGCGGCGAGGCCAAAGCCGACUACUGUCGCGUCGUCGCCGCCUGCACCGAGAUGCUGCCCGAGCUGAAGCCGCGCUACGUCAUGGGCAUCGGCUACCCGGAGGACCUGGUGGUCAGCGUCGCGCUCGGCGCCGACAUGUUCGACUGUGUGUGGCCGACGCGGACGGCGCGCUUCGGCAACGCCGUCACGAGGCGCGGCAUGCUCCGGCUGAAGAACGCCGAGUAUGCGAACGACUUUCGCCCCAUCGAGGAGGGCUGCGGCUGCGCGUGCUGCCGGACGGCGGAGCAGGGCGGCAUGGGCAUCACGCGCGCGUUUGCGCACCACAACAUCGCCAAGGAAACGGUCGCGGCGCACCUGCUGACGAUGCACAAUGUCUACUACCAGCUCGACCUCAUGCGCCAGGUGCGGGACGCGGUCAUCGCCGACGAGUUCCCUGCCUUCAUCAGGCAGUUCUUCGCAGAUCUGUACUCUGACAGAGCAGAUUAUCCAGAAUGGGCGGUCGACGCCCUGAAAGGGGUCGGCGUUGAUCUAAUGCAAGACUAA